ACGUGAGAGUGUUUUUAUUAAUUCUCUAGGGAUAAACCAAAACGGUUGUUUGUUAUUUAAAAAAAACGUUUAGAUUCAGUUUCUCAAUUAAAGCUCUUUGUUCAUUGCUCCAUAAUGUCAGAGAAGAAUUCGAAAGGGAAGAAGCGAAAAUGGGAACCAGUAGAAUUGGACGAUCCUUCGUUCUUUGCGGGCGAAAUGGAUGGAUUUAUGUCCCUUGAAGUCAUGGAAGAUUAUCAUCCAGAAGAGCUAGCAGGAAUUGGUGCAGGUGGACCAGCUCAGAAGAAGAAAAUAAAAGAAUGGCCGCUGUAGGAGUGUUGCUGAUGGACAAAGUUGGGCUGCAGAAGAACAGUUGUAAAAUUAUCGAUGUCACCAACAAGAGAGGAACCGUAGAAACCCUGACAGAAGCAAAGAUCUCAUGUGCAAUUGAAGAGCAAAGUGCGAGUGGCUUACUUCUGGCUACAGAUGUGGCCGCGAGAGGUUUGGACAUACCAGCUGUUGAGCAUGUGAUUCACUAUCAAGUUCCGAAGGACCUUGAUGUAAGUACGUCUUUACAUUCACCGCAGUAGACGGACAGCUAGAGCAAGCAGGGAGGGUCUGAGUGUCGUUCUUGUUGGCCCAGAAGAAAUGGGAUCAUACAAGAAAAUUAUGAAGGCGCUUAAUGGAGGUGGAUAGUUCAGGCGAUGAAGAACCCACUUCGAGAUUCUGCUGCAAGUACAAAAAGGAGAACAAGCGUGUUCGGCAUGAUGACAACUGUGACAAGACUACAGGCAAAAUACCUCAUGAGAAAACCGCUGUGGUUGAGAAAGUAAACUUGACGCUCAUUGAUUCGCCAGUCAAAAGGGUGUGUGUGGAUAUUGAGACGAGCGACAGCGAUGAGUGCCUUUUCAAACCAGUCUUUGCAUCAGAAAAAAAUGUGGCUGAAAAGGUAAAUAAGAAAGUGCUGACACACCAGUUGAACGACUCCAGCGAUAGCAGUGAAGACGAACAAGGAACUGAUUACUUGAACGACGACCCAAUGUUUCCCAUCUACCGACAGGGAUUGCUUACGGGUUUGGCUUCCAGGAAAGUGGUAGAUAUCCUCUUCCAUCCGCCUCGAGAACUUAUUGCACGUGCUGUUCCUUCCGCUGUCUCCGAAAAUUCUGUCUUUGUGGUGGAAAUAUCUGCCCCACACAUAAAGCACUUUAAAAAUGUUCUGGCGACGACCUUGGUGCAUGGAAUCCAACUGGAACGAAACAGCGAUGUAUUAUAGUAUCAUAUACUAUAUAGUAUAUAGUAUGAUACUACCGUGCUUCCAACAAGAGGAAUCCUGUUCGUAAGGCUUCCCAAUCAGAAUAUGAUGAUCAUGAGGCACAGGUCUAUAAAUGUACGAGAAGCUUCUACAGGAAUGAAUCCUCCCCCGAUUUGCAAAGGAUUUUCAUUUAUCUGACAGAUUCCAACGGAACGAUUCACGGUUUUGCUCUUCUGCAAUAUGUUUUUGAUGAUAAUGAACACGAAGUUAAAGUUAAACCACAUGGAAAUUCUAAAAGUCUUUCCAAAGAGUAUUACCGCACUUCGCAUACUACCAUGGAGCGGUUAAAAGAGCUCGCGAAAUCUGACCCUCCCAAGACGGUGUUUUUCAAGAGUAUCGAAGAAAAGGGAACAAUUUCAAACUUUAUAAACGCAGCUAGCCAUGCCAGAAAUGUACAACAGAUAAAGAACAUUAAAAAAACCAUGGAAGAGCAACCUGGGGAUUCUACACUCGAGCUGAUAGACAUGCGAAGCAAGGAAACAGAGACAAAGAGAACGCCUUCGUCCGUAAAGUAGAGACCUCGUCAGAUCCUUGUGUUGUCCUAACCACUGACCAGCAACUUAAGGACGUGGAAAGAUUUUGCACAAAUCCUAGCCAGUUCAGUAUUUUAGGAGUCGAUCCCAUUUUCAAUUUUUGGAGACUAUUAUGUGACUCUUACUACAUACAGGCAUCUCCUUCUCCGAACCAAAGAAGACAAGAAUCCAGUCCGGAUUGGACCAACCCUAGUUCACCACAAAAAAGAACCAUCCAGAUAUUACGAGCUCUCGUCUACCAUGAUAAAGCUAAAUGCAAA